AUGUGGUCCUCAUGCACAACUUGGUCGCUGAUACUCUUACAACUCGGGCUUUUCACGGUAUGCCCAUCGGCUCAAUCCACGUAUUGGCUCGCAAACAAGCCCAACGUGGGCACAGUCGCGUUUCAAGAUCCCAGCUAUCCGGUCUUUCGCAACGUGAAAGACUACGGGGCAACAGGAGGUGGCUUGCUCGACGAUAGCGAUGCUAUCAAUCGUGCCAUUGCGGCCCCUGGCAACCGAUGUGGCGGCGGAAAUUCAACCUAUGGCUCAUUCUGCCAGUCUGCAACAGUAACACCGGCUUUGGUCUAUUUCCCCCCGGGCGUAUACCUCGUGUCGAAACCGCUUGUCAUGUACUAUUUCACGCAGAUGGUUGGAGACGCGGUCAACCCACCCACUAUCAAGGUCCAGGCAAAUUUCACCAACAUUGUCGGUCUCGCAGUCAUGGAUGCAGACAUAUACAUUCCAAGUGGGAGUGGCUCAGAGUGGUAUGCCAAUCAAAACAACUUCUACCGUCAAAUCCGGAACUUUAUCAUCGAUAUGACCACUGCGCCUCUGAAGACGGCCGGGAUACACUGGCAGGUGGCUCAGGCCACCAGCUUGCAAAAUAUCGUGAUCAACAUGGUGGCCAAAGACGUGGUGAACAACCAGCAACAAGGAGUCUACAUGGAGAACGGCUCAGGCGGGUUUUUCUCUGACAUGGUCAUUACCGGAGGUGCGAUAGGAAUGUAUCUGGGCAACCAGCAAUUCACGACGCGCAAAAUCCAAUUGGACGGUUGCUCAACCGCCAUAAAAAUGAACUUUGACUGGCUCUGGACAUUCACACAGAUCACCAUUACGAAUUCCGAUGUCGGGAUAGAUAUGACCAACGGAGGCUUUUCCAACCAGGCCAUUGGUUCACUUGUGCUGCUCGACAGCACCAUCUCCGCUACGCAGGGCAUUUUGACACCAUACGCACCGGGCUACAGCUCGCCCCAAGCAGCCGGGACUUUGGUAUUAGAAAACGUCGACUUUACUGGUAGCCCGGCCGCCAUUUCAGCCGCUGGCGGGACCCAAGCAAGAACCGUUCUGGCCGGAGGACAGUUUAUCCCGUUGUUUGCUCAAGGCAAUGCCUGGACAACAGCUGGGCAGGCACUAAACGGCCAGGGCUUCAACGGUACGACAUGUACAUAUCAGAAUACCAGCCAAACUGCAUACUCGGCUCAGGAAACAACUAUUCAGAGGCAACUUGCACCAAUCCCUCGACCUUCUAACCUCGUGGAUAGUAACGGUCAGUACGUGUAUCGUGUCAAACCGCAGUAUGAGACGCUUUUGUGGAGUCAGUUUCUGAGCGCCAAAGCGCAUGGGCUUGUUGGGGAUGGAAGUACAGACGACACUGUGGCCAUGCAAUCUCUGUUCAAUCUGGCGGCAAAUACUGGCGAGGUGGUCUACUUUGACAGAGGCGCGUACAUUGUCAGCAACACAGUCAAAGUACCACCGAACGUCAAAAUCACUGGAGAGCUGCUCAGCAUCAUCAUGGCCACAGGGUCUUUUUUCGGUGACGAGCUCAACCCCCAGCCGAUGUGGAAGAUAGGAAGCCCGGGCGAUGUCGGGACGGUGGAAAUCUCAGACCUUGUUUUUGAAACGAAAGGGCCCUGUCCCGGUGCCAUCAUCAUUGAGUGGAAUAUCCAAGCAGCAGGGCCAGCCCUUGCCGGUAUGUGGGACGCGCAUUGGCGUAUCGGUGGCUCGGUUGGGACGCAACUGCAACAGGAUACCUGCAUCAAAACGCCGGGCACUCCUAUAGCAUCGGGGAACUCGAAGCUGACGGACUGCAUUGGGGCCUUUCUGUUGCUCCAUGUGACCCCCCAAGCGGAUGGAUACUUUGAAAACAUCUGGGGUUGGGUUGCCGAUCAUGAACUGGACAUGGGCACGCGAGACCAGAUCUAUAUCUUUAACAAAGGGGGAUUUUUGAUCGAAAGCCAGAACGGCCCGGUGUGGAUGUAUGGCACAGCUGCGGAGCAUUCGGUCAUGUUCGACUAUCAUUUCGUCAACUCAAAGAACGUCUUCAUGGGCCAUAUCCAGCACGAAACCGCAUAUUACCAGGGCAAUCCGAACGCGCUGCUCCCGUUCACCCCACAGGCUUCGUGGCAUGAUCCGACCUACGACGACUGUGUACAGGCCAACUGCGCAAGGACAUGGGGACUUCGAUUCGUCAACUGUUCGUCCAUCUUCAUGUAUGGAGGCGGUUUGUACAACUUCUUCGAGAACUGGAAUACCCAAGCAUGUCUGGGCACGGAGAGCUGUCAGGAAAGAAUGGUAGACAUCCGCAACUCGACAGACAUCUAUCUCUGGGCUCUCAGCACCAAAGGGUCCCAGUUCAUGAUCAGCUAUGAAGGGACCGAUGUGGUACCCUACUCGGUCAACAAGGCCAAUUUUUGCGAGACGAUUGCUCUGUUUGAAUUGGCAGCUGACCAAUGA